AUGCUUGUGGCGAUGGUUCUUGUUCUUUUCGCCUCUCGGGCUUUAUGCGUCGAGGACGCCCGUGGCCCGAGACUUUCUCGCGUCAAGGACCCGGUCAUAGACGAUUUUGCAUGGGACCUCCUUACGGAGACUACUGGGGUUGAUGCGGGUGAUCACUUAGAGAAGCCUGGCGAAGGGGGUCCAGAAUCCCUUGCAUGCACCGAAAAGCCCGGCCCCGACCGACUCGACUGUCCAGCCGCCAUAUCAGCCUGGACCGAACUCACCAACGACGCUGGAAACAUCGCCAUCAAGGGUGGACGGUGCCGCUCAGCGACCGCGGGUGCCUGUCGGGCGACUGUGUGCGCUCCGGGGCAAGACAUCAGUGUUGGGCUUGACGAAGUCAUGGGGCGAAUGUGGAAUCCUGUGUCGAUGAGAUGCGUCCUUGGUGGAACGGGAGGAAUCUGGCAGAAUGAGGGGUCGGCACUGGUGAUCGAGCUGGACCGUCCAUAA